CCCAGCGCGCCCCCUCCCCCUGCCGGCUCCACCUGUAGUCACCCGGACCCUCCACUCCUCUGCCCCCCGGCUCUGGCCUGGGCACUGGGGGGUCCCCAGGCUCAGGCCCCGAGGCCGGGUCUCAGGCUGUGGGGUGGCAGUCGAUGACCUCCAGGACGACCUCUGAGCGCUGGAUGUGUGGCCGGGCGGGGAAGCAAAAGGUCAGAGCAGAGAGGGGUGUCCCGGGACUGGGGACUGGAGGGGGAGCCGGGUCCGAGGACGGGAUGGGGAAAUGUCCUGGUCCCGGUCCCCCCCUUCUGCCACCAGCAUUCAGGGAGCUUCGCCAGGAGGAGCAGGUCCGAGAUGGACACUCUGAGCCCGGGUAUGCCACCACGCCGACUGCCAGCAGCUGCACCGCCGGGGACCCCUCAACCUCUGCGAGGCCUGUGACAGCAAGUUUCACAGCACUAUGCAGUAUGACGGACACGUCCGCUUUGACCUGCCCCCCCAAGGCUCCGUCCUGGCCCGGAACGUGUCCACCCGGUCAUGCCCCCCGCGCACCAGCCCUGCAGUGGGCUUGGAGGAGGAGGAGGAAAGCUGUAUGGAUGACAAAGGGGACCGGAAGAGCACAGGUCUGAAACUCUCCAAGAAGAAAGCCAGGAGGAGACACACAGAUGACCCCAGCAAGGAGUGCUUCACCCUGAAAUUUGACCUGAGUGUGGACAUCGAGACAGAGAUCGUACCAGCUGUGAAGAAGAAGUCACUAGGGGAGGUGCUGCUGCCAAUAUUUGAAAGGAAGGGCAUCGCACUGGGCAAGGUGGAGAUCUACCUGGACCAGUCCAACACGCCCCUGUCCCUCACUUUCGAGGCCUACAGGUUUGGGGGACACUACCUGCGGGUCAAAGCCAAGCCGGGGGACGAGGGGAAGGCGGAGCAGGGGGUGAAGGACUGCAAGUCGCUUAGUCUGCCGAUCCUGCGGCCAGCCGGGGCCGGGGCGCCUGCCCUGGAACGCGUAGACCCCCCGAAUCGCAGGGAGAGCCUGGACAUCCUGGCCCCUGGCCGCCGACGAAAGAACAUGUCCGAGUUCCUGGGGGAGACGAGCAUCCCUGGGCAGGAGCCCCCCACCUCCUCCAGCUGCUCUCUGCCCGGGAGCAGCAGCGGUAGCAGCGACAGCUGGAAGAACCGGGCGGCCAGCCGCUUCAGCGGCUUCUUCAGCUCAGGCCCCAGCACCAGCGCCUUUGGCCGGGAGGUGGACAAAAUGGAGCAGCUGGAGGGCAAGCUGCACGCCUAUGGCCUCUUCGGGCUGCCCAGGCUGCCCCGGCGGCUGCGCUUUGACCACGACUCAUGGGAGGAGGAGGGGGACGAGGAGGAGGAUGAAGCCGACGCCUGCCUGAGGCUGGAGGACAGCUGGCGGGAGCUCAUUGAUGGGCAUGAGAAGCUGACUCGGAGGCAGUGCCACCAGCAGGAGGCGGUGUGGGAGCUUCUGCACACGGAGGCCUCCUACGUUAAGAAACUGCGGGUGAUCACCAACCUGUUCCUGUGCUGCCUCCUGAACCUGCAAGAGUCGGGGCUGCUGUGUGAGGUGGAAGCCGAGCGUCUGUUCAGCAACAUCCCGGAGAUCGCGCGGCUGCACCGCGGGCUGUGGGGCAGCGUGAUGGCGCCGGUGCUGGAGAAGGCGCGGCGCACGCGGGCGCUGCUGCAGCCUGGGGACUUCCUCAAAGGCUUCAAGAUGUUCGGCUCCCUCUUCAAGCCCUACAUACGAUACUGCAUGGAGGAGGAGGGCUGCAUGGAGUACAUGCGUGGCCUGCUGCGCGACAACGACCUCUUCCGGGCCUAUGUCACGUGGGCCGAGAAGCACCAGCAGUGCCAGCGGCUGAAGCUGAGCGACAUGCUGGCCAAGCCCCACCAGCGGCUCACAAAGUACCCUCUGCUGCUCAAGUCGGUGCUGAGGAAGACUGACGAGCCGCGCGCCAAGGAGGCCGUCGUCACCAUGAUCAACUCCGUGGAGCGCUUCAUCCAUCACGUGAACGCAUGCAUGCGGCAGCGACAGGAACGGCAGCGGCUGGCGGCAGUGGUGACCCGCAUCGACGCCUACGAGGUGGUGGAGGGCAGCAACGACGAGGUGGACAAGCUCCUGAAGGAAUUUCUGCAUCUGGAUUUGACAGCGCCCAUCCCUGGCGCCUCCCCUGAGGAGACACGACAGCUGCUGCUGGAGGGAAGCCUGAGGAUGAAGGAGGGGAAGGACAGCAAGAUGGACGUGUACUGUUUCCUCUUCACGGACCUGCUCUUGGUGACCAAGGCAGUGAAGAAGGCUGAAAGGACCAAAGUCAUCAGGCCACCACUGCUGGUAGACAAGAUCGUGUGCCGGGAGCUGCGGGACCCUGGCUCCUUCCUCCUCAUCUACCUGAAUGAGUUCCACAGUGCCGUGGGGGCCUACACAUUCCAGGCCAGCGGCCAGGCGCUGUGUCGUGGCUGGGUGGACGCCAUUUACAAUGCCCAGAACCAGCUGCAGCAGCUGCGCGCGCAGGAGCACCCAGGCAGCCAGCAGCACCUGCAGAGCCUGGAAGAAGAGGAGGAUGAGCAGGAGGAGGAUGAGGAGGAGGACGAGGAAGAGGAAGGUGGGGAGAGUAGCACUUCGGCUGCCAGCUCGCCCACCAUUCUGCGGAAAAGCAGCAACAGCCUGGACUCGCAGCACUGUGCCUCAGACGGCUCCACGGAGACCCUGGCCAUGGUCGUGGUGGAGCCUGGGGAGACACUGUCCUCUCCUGAGUUCGAGGGUGGCCCCUUCAGCUCCCAGUCGGAUGAGACCUCUCUCAGUACCACUGCCUCUUCCGUCACGCCCACCAGUGAGCUGCUGCCCCUGGGCCCAGUGGGCGGCCGCUCCUGCUCCACGGACUCCGCCUAUGGCACCCUCUCCCCCACCUCCUUGCAAGACUUUGUGACCCCAGCCCCUAUGACAGAGCCAGCACCCCAGCCCCCAGAGUUACCACAAGCCCCUUCACCCCCACCCUCACCUCGCCUCCGCCGCCGCACCCCUGUCCAGCUGCUGCCCCGUCUGCCCCACCUGCUCAAGUCCAAAUCCGAGGCCAGCCUCCUUCAGCUGCUGUCAGGGGCCACCACCCGUGGAGCACCCCCAGCCCCCAGCCGCAGCCUAUCGGAACUCUGCUUGGCCGCUACAGUCUCUGGCAUUAGGACUCGGAGCUCCCCUCAGGAAGCUGGGCUCAGCUGGAAUUACAGGGGGUCGCCAGUCCCUGGCAGUGGCCCCGAAUUAUCAGAGAUGGGAGGCAGAACCAACUGCCUGGCUGGGGAGUCUGAACAGCCCUCCAGGAGGAGCAGAGAGCUGCUCUUGGGGGCCUUGCCCCGGGUGCGGCCUGAGCCCCCGCCAGGGAUCUCUGCCCAGCACAGGAAGCUGACGCUGGCCCAGCUCUACCGAAUCAGGACCACCCUGCUGCUUAGCUCCACGCUCACUGCCUCAGAGGUCUGAGCAGAGGGAGGCCCCCAAGGGUGCCACUGACCACAGGACAGCAGACAGCAUGCCUCCUGGGGUGUGCUGGCCCCUGUUCCAGCUACUGCCUUGUGUAUACACAAGCCGGAGUGCCAGGCAGGACCCCGGCCACCGCCCCGGGCCCAUUUGCACUUUGCCAGACUGGAUGGGAGUGGAGAAGGGCUUGGCAGAGCCCCAGACCCAGGCUGCAGUACCCCUCAGGACCGCCCUGCCCCCGCCCCCACGGUCGCUACCUUCACUAACCUCCCUGCCACCCACACCUGCUGCUCCCCGAGGUCACCAGCUCCAGUCCCCUGGGUUGGUCUCCAGGGCAGCCCACCUCUACCUUCCUCUGACCCCAAAUGGGACAUCCCCCUGUCCUCACCCCACUUCUCUCCUUCCCAGUUCCACUGGCCACCCCAGGCUUGGGUUGGGCUCUGUGUAAAGUUGCAUAUUUAUUGAGCUUUUGAUUUUUUUUAUAUAAAGACUUGUAUAUACUGCACUGGAAAGAGUCCUUGGCUUUGGAAUCACCCCGUUUGGGAUUCACAGGCACUUGCGCUCCUGUCCCCCUCCAUCUGUGGUGGGGCGUGGCUGGAAGAGACCCUGGGAAGCAGAAGUGAAUUCAAGGGGCAGAGGUCACCAGACCAGCACCCCAAGAUCAACCCCUGUCCCACAGCCAGCACUUCGCCAUUGGAGCCCCCACGAUUGCCUCUCCCCAGAGUGCCUCAGAGGGCCCUGCCCCCCGGCCACCCCAUGGGCUUUUGCCAGGGUGGGCGGCAUGUCUCAGGUUCUACUGGGAGUGCUCCCUAGGACUGCCCUGGGGGGGCCUGUACGCACAAGCGCAUAGUAUCUGGGGAGGGUGCGUCUCCCGCCUGGCAGUGAGGCCCAGAGGGAGGGAAGUCACUUCACUUGGAAGUGGCGGUCUUAGAACCCAGGCGUGGGAACCGCCGGCCCCCCUGCCCUGUGCGCCCCUUGUUACCUGAAGGCCGCCCCGCCCCAGG